CAGCAGCGUUAAUUUUGAAUAUUGUGUCACUUGUACCAGACGCGGCUGGGCAUUGACUGUCUCGAUUGAUUGAUUGAUGAAGAUUAAGACAUCCAAAAGGUGGCAAGGGCAUGAAUAGCCCGUAAGUGGUGGCCCUUUUGAACCAUUACCAGUAUCAAGAGCUGAUACUGGAGAUCUGUGGAGGUGCGACUGCACCCUGCGUGACGGAAGAUGUCUCCCGCUUGACUGUCUUAAGUGAACAGACUAAUGGAUACUAGUCACAUCGUACACAAGCCGAAUGGCUGAAGGGGUAGAAGUUGUGGAGGAUUUUUAUGGAGUAUAUUUGCUGUAUUGCAUCAACCCAAAGUAUCGUGGUUCUACAUACAUUGGCUUUACUAGGGACCCUAACCGCCGCAUCAAACAGCACAAUCGGGGUCGUAAAGCUGGGGGAGCUAUCAGGACGAGUUAUAAGGGCCCAUGGGAAAUGGUGUUGAUUGUCCAUGGAUUUCCCAAUGAUAUCUCUGCUCUACGUUUUGAAUGGGCUUGGCAGCAUCCUUACAGGAGUCGUCGCUUACGAAAUGUCUGCGAAAAACCACGGAAACAGAAUAAGUAUGACUUCUGCCUGCAAAUCUGUUCUCACAUGUUGCGUACAAAACCAUGGUCUCGUCUUCCUCUUACAAUUAGGUGGUUGAAGCAGGAGUACACAAGGGACUUUCCUGUAGGGCUGGAGCCACCACUGCACAUGCCAGUGGCUUAUGGUCCUGUAAAACCUAUUAAGGUGACAGCCUCAAAAGACAUCAUCGAGGUUCUGCAGCAGAUUGAUGAAAUGUGUUUUAUCUGUGAGCGCAUGGUGACACAGUCAGAUAAAAUGAGAUGUCUGUCUCCUUCGUGUCCACUGGUCGCCCACAUCCAAUGUCUUGCAAGCCACAUGCUAGAGAAGGAGACCCCUGGGAUGCUGCUCCCCUUGGAUGGAUUCUGCCCUAGGUGUAACUGCGCACUCUUGUGGGGGGACCUGGUGAGGUUGAAGCGCGGCUGCUAUCAGAAGUUGGAAGAUGAGGAUGAUGACCAUUGGGCUGAAUCUCUCACUCAAGUUUCUUGAUGUCGUGAAAUGUUUGUUCCCCGUCCAUUUGUUCGUCAGUAGAGUUUAAUUAUUGUGAAACUUAUGAUGAAAAUUUUUGCUGUCACUGAAUAAUAGACCAGCUGGAUAUUUAUUUGCUAUAAAUUAAUACUGUACGUACUGUACUUAUUUCAUAAAGUUGGUGAUACAGUAUGUAUCUCUGGCAGAUUUAAUUUCUUAACCCAUAAACCUAAUACCUGUACCUAUUUUAGGUUGAUUUCCUUGUGUGUGCAAAAAAAAAAAAUAUGAAAAUUAUUUUUCCUUUCUAUAUAAAACAUUUUUGUUUGAUAUCUGGAAACAAAAUUCUAGUCAUUUACAUUUGGUCGUAGUGAGGUAAAGAAAUUUUGAAAAUGUUAAAUUCUGAGAAUUAAUUUUCAAGUGAACUAUUAGAUUUCUAAUCACAAAUAUCAUCUUGGUCCAUAAAAACCCUUGAAAUUUUGCAGUGUCAAUAGCACCUAUUAUAGGCAUCAAUAAAUGGAUGAUUGAUGCCUGUGUUUGUAAUAGUGCCCAGAAAGGCAACUAAGGCUGUCAGGAAAGAAUCUUUGGGAAUUUUGGAUAUUAUGAGGCACAUUAAAUCUUCUACAGAUGACAGGAGCACCACCAGUCAUCUAUCUCUUGAGAGUGAUCUUAGCAGUUUAAGGGUUAAGAAUACCCCCCCUGCCAAUUCAGUAUUCUGCCUUGUAUGUGCAUGUACACAUGUUAUUUCACUUGUUCGUUCUCAACUCGCAAUCAGGAAUUGCAUGUUCGAAUCCCGGGUGGGGUAGAAAUGGUUGGACACGUUUCCUUUCACAAAAUGCACCAUAGUUCACCUAGCAGUAAAUUGGUACCCAGGAGUUAGUCAACUGUUGUGGAGUUGGGGGCAGAUCCUCAACAAUCCUGGGGGCAGAUCCUCAACAAUCCUGGGGGCAGAUCUCUAUAUAAGCCUAUAAACAUAUGUAUAAACAUAUAUACAUACACAGGCAGCCUUUCCAAGACAAAAUUAAUUAUAUAUUUAAAUAACUGUGAACAUACAGUACUGUGAUCAAAGAGGUAAUGUAUAAGUUGUAAAUAAUAUAAAACAUUAUAUUUUUGGCACAUAGUGUACUGUAUUUUGUUUUUAAUAAACACUUGGAGGUCACCUGUGCAAA